AAAGUAGGUACACAAGUUAACCAGUUAGGUCACAGUCGUGAUGAUCGCGGCUCCGUGCGCGUACGCAGUCAUCACCACACCACCCGUAUGGCAUGUUCCACUACGCGACAACUCUUCAACAACAACAAAAUUGAAUAACAACAAAUGCGUUACAACAGUGAAAUAUAGUGCGUGAUAUAGUGAUUCAAAAAUGGAACAUAACGCAACGGAUUCAGUUUAUAAUCACACACUAACAGUUUUAGCGAAUAAUGAAACAGUGAAUCAAGUGACUCGAUACUUUAAUAUAAGUCUAUCUAAUUUAACGAACCAGAGUGUAGAGACCCAGGCAAAGUUGUUUGAUUUGUUUGAGAUGUACAAGACAAAAGAAAGAGAAGAGUUAAUGGUGUACAAAUUCGUAGCGUAUGUUAUAGGAUCUCUGAUUAUACUUAGCAACCUAACCGUUGUCAUAUCUAGUGGACUAAUAUUAAAAAAAGGUCAGCAACCAAAGAGCACGUACCUGCUGCUGGGGAACGUGUCGCUGGCGGAUACCAUCGUCGGCAUCUCCAUAAUCUUCGGCACCAUCGUCGACAACAAUAUGACCUCCAACCCACUCUGUAUCUUUCAAAUUGGAAUGUUGGUCUGCCCCGCCAUGGUAUCCAUCUUCAGUGUGGGCUUCAUAGCCAUAGACAGAUACUUCUACAUACUACACGGAUUGUACUAUCAAAGAUACUUCAACACCACCAAGGUUAGGAUCGGCAUCGUCUGUAUCUGGAUGGUUGGCAUUACCCUGGGCUUCAUGCCCGCCACCGGAUGGGUCAACCAGGAACUACACUACAAUCGAUGCUAUUACAUUGGCCUCUUCCCCGGCUCUCUUAUUCUCCUCAACUCUUUCCUCAGCAUAGUACCUAUUGUAGUAGUCGCUGUAUUAUAUUCCAUCAUCUUGGUAAAGGCUUUAGCUAACGUCAACAAAAUAAAGGCCUUAAAGAAAUCAGACCCCGAGAAGCCCAAAUUGCGAAUCUAUCGCGGUAAUGGUAACGCAAAUAAAGUCGACAACAGCCACUCAGUUAAGUAUCCCACUAAAAGUAUGGUCAACUGUAAGAAAUUGAAAAGGAGUGUCUCUUUUGACAAUCUCCACGAGAAUAAACCCAAAAAUUCAAAGUCUGUCAAGUCUAAGAGUAUCAGUGACUUUAUUCACGAAGAUUACCACUCCACAAAAAUCGAUAAAACAAAAUGCACUUCUGAAUUCAGCGUUUGCACUAUCGAUUCGUCAUGUCCCAAUUCAUCUAACAGUGACGUUUCUGGAAACCCUCAAGUUAAUGUUACGAAUGAUAAAAUAAAGAAACACAAAUCAAAAGACCCAAAGAAAUGGCGAGCGGUAACUGUAGUGAUGCUCACAUCAGGCAGUUUCAUAAUAACUUGGAUGCCAUUUUUCAUAGUAGUGAUAUUCUUUGUGUUUUGCGAAGAGAAGCUUACUAACCCCAAAUGUCUUAAUUUGAAAUUUCUGGGAGGUCCUGCCGCGGCUCUAGCCUCCGUCAACAGCAUUUUGAACCCUUUAAUUUACGCUUGGUGGCAUAAAGGAUUUCAAAGAUCUGUAAUAGCUUAUUACCGGAAAUACUUACGGAAGUACUUUAGUAACCAUUUGUAUUGCAAGCCUACCAGCUAUGGGAUGGACAGGUAGAUCGUUUCGAGAUUACAGAUGCUGGUAUAUAGCAUUGUUCCCCGCGGCGAUCCUCGAGCUGGUCUCCUGCUUAGUUCUGUCUGUCAUUGUAAUGGUGGUUGUUCUAUACAUCCUGAUACUACACAGCGCAGUAAAACAAGUUGACAAAAUCAGGGAGUACAGAGAAACUAACACCAUAUCAUACAUAAGCAAGGCAGUCGAAGACCAAUGUCGUAUAGCUAACAAUGUAUCUAAGACGAAGAUUACCAUAACGAUAUCUAAAGACUCCAAAACUGAAACAGCAGAGACGUCUAUCGAGAUGCGUGAACGGAGCACGACCAAUUUAAAAGAGGAGGAAGUAGACAAAAAUAUCAACAGACAAACGACAAACAGAGUAAGGAAAGUCUCUAAGAUAUCAACGUAUUACGGACAAGCGAAGGAACUAAAUGCACACCCUAGUAAACUGAAAGCUGUUAAAACAGUUUUGAUAGUAAUCAUUUGCUUCGUAUGCACAUGGGCACCGUACUAUGUGGCUAUUAUAGUAUAUGUAAGAUGCGACAUUAUGAAGAACGGAUAUGACUGUCUGCCCAUAGAAGUAAUAACCCACGGACCACUGUUUUUAUUAGGCGCAUGCAACAGUCUGUGUGACCCGAUAAUCUACGCUUGGAGGCAUUCGGGUUUCAAAAAGUCAUUAAAAAGAAUGUAUUGGAAAUAUGUAUGGAAGAUGAAGACUAGAAACCACUCAAUAAGUUAAGAACAUUACUUAUUCAUUAUUUCAUAAUAAAGUUUAAGAAUCUAUUAACAAUCUUGUUUAUUGUUCUGCACAUUGUACCUCUAUUUCAUAAAACGGUUUACGUGGGGUGAUGUAGAAAAAUUACAUCAAUGAAUAAUCUUUACAAUGGAUUUCUAUAAUCAGCUCAUGUUUUUAACGCUACUUACCUAAAUAUAAUGUACAAGU